AUGACGAGUCCAUCAGCUGGAAUUCAACAAUUAUUGGCUGCCGAGAAGAAAGCUGCUGACAAAGUCGGCGAAGCCAGAAAACUUGAACCAAAAUGUUACAAGAAGUGCUUGCUAAUGAACCCAAAAAUUUUAGGCAAAGCAAGAAGACUGAAGCAGGCCAAGGAUGAAGCAACUGAAGAAAUUGAAAAAUACCGUGGCGAACGUGAGAAGCAAUUCAAAGAAUUUGAGAACAAACACGUCGGUAGCAAAGAUCAAGUAGCUGCUAAAAUCGAUGCCGAUACUAGAACAAGAAUUGAUGAAAUGCAUCGUGCUUUACAAACUCAUAAGGAAAAGGUCAUAAUGGAGGUUUUAGAACACAUAUAUGCAAUCAAGACAGAAUUGCACAAAAAUUAUCAAAAAACUGUCAAGUAA